AUGGCGGCCAAAGGAUCAGAACCUAUCGAAACGCGCUUGUUCAUUAACAAUGAGUUCCGUGAAUCGUCCAGCAAGAAGACUUUCGAUGUCGUCUACCCCUACACCCAGGAAGUCGUCGCCCAGGUCCACGAAGCCGAUGUCAACGACGUCAAUGACGCCGUUGCGGCAGCCAGCGCCGCAUUCCCCGCAUGGCGAGACCUCGGCGUCGACGCACGCGGGGCUUAUCUCCGCAAAGUCUCCGAAUUGUUCAUCGAGGCUAACGAUGAACUUGCCCGCCUCGAGACCCUUUGUACGGGACGCCCGAUCUCCCAAUAUGUCGAUGGGAAGAUGUCCGCAGAUACAUGGCGGUCCUUUGCGGAUGCAGGCUGGAACGUCCAGGGUACAGCAAGCACCCACACGCCGGGACUGCUGAGCCUGACUGUCAAAGAGCCGUAUGGCGUGGCAGCCAUGAUCAUCCCCUGGAACUUCCCACUGGUUAUGUUCUCUAUGAAAAUGGCCGCUGCACUGGCAGCUGGUAACACUGUUGUUUUGAAGAGUAGCGAGAAGGCACCUUUGACCUCCAUCGCCGCUGCAAAACUCAUCCAAAAAGCCGGCCUCCCUCCAGGCGUCGUCAACGUCAUUGCAGGCCACGGCAACCCAACCGGCGCCGCCCUCGCCGAGCACAUGGACGUGCGAUGCAUCAGUUUCACCGGCUCAUCGCUAACAGGCCAGAAGAUCCAAGCGGCAGCCGCAAAGUCCAACAUGAAGCACGUGCACACAGAACUAGGCGGCAAAUCGCCCGCCGUAGUUUUCGAAGACGCCGACCUCGAAUCCGCCGCUGCCCAGACCCAGUUCAGCAUCCGUUUCAACAGCGGACAGGUCUGCGUCGCAAACUCGCGUAUCUACGUACAGGAGAGCGUUGCGGAGAAAUUCACCGCGCUUUUCCGCGAGCAGUUUGCGCAGUAUGCGCUUGGUGACCCGCUUGAUCCGGCGACGCAGCAGGGUCCGCAGAUUGAUGUGUUGCAGUAUAAGCGGGUGCAAGAGUAUCUUGGGAUUGGCGAGAAGGAUGGAGAGCUCACGGUGGGCGGUGAUGCGAAGGAUGGUUUCUUCGUUAAGCCGACUAUCUUUGAAAAAGUCCCCGAGGACUCGCGGGUGAUGCGUGAGGAGAUUUUUGGUCCCGUGGUUGCGAUUAAUACCUUCAAGACGGAGGAGGAGGCGAUUCGGAAGGCGAAUGAUACUGAGUUCGGCCUUUAUGCUUCUGUCUUUACGAAGGAUUUGGAUCGGGCGAUUCGCUUGUCAAAGGCGUUGGAGGCGGGUACGGUUGGCGUGAACUGUACUAGUCCGACAAAUGCGAAGGAUGCUGCCUUUGGCGGGUAUAAGAUGAGUGGAACCGGCAGGGAAGGUUUGUUAUAUAGUAUUGAUAACUUUGUUCAGACUAAGUCGAUCAUUAUCAAGGCUAGUGGAGCAUCGGCUGGGCUUUUCUAG